AUGGAUCCUCCAUUUGAAGAGAAAUACAAAUCCCUCUUAACCAAUGGUACUCUAUUAUCAAAAGACAAGGAUGAUGCUGCUCGUGAAUGGGGCUUCUUUCAAGUUGUGAAUCAUGGGAUUCCACAGGAGAUUUUGGAGCGCAUUCAACUGGAGCAAAGGAAGCUUUUCCAUCAUCCAUUCAGCAAAAAGGCUGAAGAAAACAUUUUGAAUUUGUCUGAAAACAAUGGUUACAGAUGGGGUAACCAUACAGCCACUUGUUUGAGGCAGAUAUCAUGGUCAGAGGCCUUCCACAUGCCUCUUACAGAUAUUUCAAAAAUUGGUGGUGACAACAAGAGUCUCAGAGAGAGCAUUGAAGCUUACGCAGCAACAGCUGAGAAAUUGGCUAAAGAGAUGACAGAGAUUCUAGCUGAGAAUCUGGAUGUUUCCUCCACUUACUUUCAAGAGAAUUGUCUGCCGGAAACUAAUUAUCUUCGAAUGAACAGAUAUCCUCCAUGUCCAUUCUAUUCUGAGGUGUUUGGCAUACUGCCUCAUACCGAUAGCUGUUUCGUCAAUGUAUUAAUUCAAGACCAGAUUGGAGGAUUGCAACUUUGGGUAAAUGGAGAAUGGAUUAGCGUUAAACCUCAUCCAGAAGCUCUACUAAUUAAUCUUGGUGACUUAUUUCAGGCAUUGAGCAAUGAUGUUUACAAAAGCAUUAGGCAUCGGGUACUUGCCUCCAAACAAGUUGAAAGGCUUUCUUUGGCAUAUUUAUAUUGCCCCAGAAAUGAUGCUGUCAUAGAGAGUGGAAUGAAGCCAUCAAUUUAUAGGAAGUUCACAUUCGAAGAGUUGAUGAAGCAAAAUUCAAGGGAUAUUGAAGAAACAGGCUGCAAACUCGGGAUCUCGAGGUUUCUCAUGUGAAUAUGAGCAUAUUGUGCAAGAACAUUUGAUCAGGACUGAAUAAA